GGUCGGACGCAGAGCCUCAGACACGGUACCAGUCCGCUGCUUCAGAGACGACGCCGCCAUGCCUCUCCGGGUUGUAAUGCCGGGUCCCGGGCCCUGGGGCUUCAGGCUGGUCGGGGGAAAGGACUUCGAGCAGCCGCUGACUAUUUCCCGGGUGACCCCGGCGAGUAAAGCCGCUCAGGCCAACCUGUGCAUCGGCGACAUGAUCCUGGCCAUCGGCGGCGAGCCGACGGAGGGCAUGACUCACUUGGAGGCGCAGAACAAGAUCAAGGGGUGCAUAGAGGAGAUGGUGCUCUCUGUAGACAGGUCAGAAAGUAAAAUGUGGUCCCCGCUUUCGUCCGAGGAAGGGAGGACACAUCCGUACAAGAUGAAUCUGGCAUCCGAGCCAAAGGAGGUGAGGCACAUCGGCUCCACCCACAACCGCAGCGCGCUGCCGUUCGCCGGCUUCGGCUCCAAGGUGGUGACCAACCAGUACAACAGCCCCUCCGCGCUGUACUCCUCAGAGAACAUCAAGGACUUCAACUCGGCCGUGGACGAAGUCCAGACCCUCGCUGCUGCCAACGAGCCCCACAGCAAAGCUCCGUCAGAUCUUCCUCAGACGGGCAAGCGGCCGCCCGUCGCAGCCGACUCCGAGGUUUACAAGAUGCUGCAGGAGAACCAGGAGUCCGUGGAGCCGCCGCGGCAGUCCGCUUCAUUCAAAGUGCUGCAGGAGAUCCUGGAGACGGGUGACCCCGAUAAGCCGUCAGGGUUCAGGAGUGUGAAACCGCCCGCCACAAAGAUUGGAUCAUCGGUGGGGAACACGGAGAAGUUGCCCUCCUGUGACAAAUGUGGUUCGGGGAUCGUGGGGAUGGUGGUGAAGCUGAGGGACAAGUUCCGUCACCCCGAGUGCUACACCUGUACGGACUGCAACGUCAACCUGAAACAGAAGGGACAUUUCUUUGUGGAGGAGCAGAUAUAUUGCGAGAAGCACGCACGCGAGCGAGUGACUCCGCCGGAGGGCUACGACGUGGUCACCGUCUACCCCAAGUAGAGCGCUCGCUGAGCGCCGCCUCUGACUGCACGCCGUUAUAGGACGCCGUGACAUAAUCCAGGACAUGCCGACGUCCAGGGCUCGCUAAUCCUGAGACCCUUAAGUGGUCUUCUCUCGCAUUCUGCUUCAGCACGGUCAUUGGUAGACAGAACUUACAACUACAGCUUUGAAAAUGUUAAUUUGCACGGUGACUUUGGCAUCUACAAAAGGAAAGUUGAUUUGAUACUAUGAAAUGAUGGCAUUCAUUUAAUCUCUCCCCAAAUUUUUGUAUUUUCUUCAUCAUUUUCCAUUUGUCAGCCGAUGUGUUCAAGUGGAUAUUUGUCUUUGCAUGGUCAGUACGUUCUCUUGACUUGUGAAAACAAAGAAAAGCCACACCUUUUCACCCUGUGAUACAUGUUUUAUUCAUUAAAUAGACUUACUUUAUGCAGCAAAAAAAAAA